GGCGUUUUGACUGGAGACCAAGAAAUUUAGGGCAUGUGGAAGUCCCUACAAACAAGCUUGCCUGUGAAUGGUAGGGCUAAGACUACUGUGAAUAUCUCUGAUAAUAUUACUAUUUCACUUGCUGAUGUGUUUUGUUGAUGGUAAACACAACCUAACAGCUAGGAAAAUGAAUUUGAGGAAUUCAGAACAAUGUACACCGAAUCCUGCAGUUUGUUUAAUUCUAGCACAUCACGAAAGAGUAAGUUUUGGCUAGAGUGAGCAUAUGUAAGAUCGCCUCUUCCUUUUAACCUACAACUUCGAGACAGGAAAUAGUUGUCAAGAAGCAUACAUAAAUUCGAAAUAUUGCUGGUAGUCCAUGCUUCAGAUAUCAUUAUAAGGGGUCGUUGAUAAAGAUCGAUCAAGUGUUGAAAAGACAUAUAUUAAACAAAUGGGACGCUAUGUUCAAGUGGGUGAGGGUAUCUCGGGCAACUCUAAUUUAUGCUGUUUCAUAAACUAUCAGACAAUCGAUCUUCUUACUAGUUCAAACUUUAAGCAGAAAGUCCUAAGACUUAGACAUAGGGUAAGGGAUUUGCCAUACUAUUCUUUGUCUCUGCAUAAUAAAGACUUUAAACGCAUCGAUUUCAAGGUAAGACGUUCUUGGCCUCAAUAAGCAAAUUAGCGCUAUGGACGGUGUAAUUACAGAAUGGCAAAAGCUUGAUAGUUCUAAAAAAUAUAAAGAAGCAUACGAUGUAGUGUCUCAUGCAAUAAGCAAUAAUAAGCAUCCUGAAUUGUACUGGAGGAAGGCACAUAGCUGCAGAAAUUUAGCUAACUCAUUGGGUAAAAACGAUAAACAAGUGUAUAAAAAGUACAUCGAAGAAGGUCUGUCAGCUUGUGAUGAAGGGCUUCGGAUAGAUCCAGAAAGUUCUAAAUGCAACUCUUGGUACGGAAUAUUUUUGAACUUAUCAUCAGAAAUUGAAGGAAUAAAUAAGCGAAUAGAAAAUUCUUUUAAGAUGAAGAAUCAUUGGAUGAAAGCCAUAAAAACAGAUCCUGACGACUUUGUGACGUUGCACGCUCUUGGGAGAUGGUGUUUCGAAGUGACAGAUCUCCCAUGGAUAAAGCGAAAGUUCGCCGCUACGUUUUUCGGUGAACCACCGACAUCUACUUACGAAGAGGCUCUUAACUAUCUCCUCGAUUCAGAAAAAAAGGCUCCUGGAACUAUUGUAAAAAAUUCUCUUUAUAUAGCAAAGACGUACCACAGGUUAAAGAAUUAUGAUCUGGCUAAGCAUUAUUGCCAUAAAGUGUUAGAAUUUACGGAAGAUGACUUGGAUACUGAAGAAGCAAAGAAGGAGGCGUCCGAGCUGUUGAAGAAGCUGUAAAGUGUUCAUUCAUCUGUCCAAUUAAUUGACAAGAUCUCGUAAUAACUUAUAUUUUUCGUAUGAUUGAGUUUUUAAAUCAACUUUUAGUGUUAUUAUCUGUUAUUUCUACUGGCUUUUUUGGUAAUAUUAUGGUGACACUAUUUUAUUCACCCUCUUCUGCAAUUUGUCAGCUGCUUUGGUAGUCUAAUUGGUUUGUAUUGUUUGUAUAAACCUUCCCGGUGAUGUUUAGGACUCAAACUAAUGUAGGUAACUCCGGCUGACGAGUCCCAAAUAGUAGCAUAGUGGCAUUCAUACGUGCAUGAUGCAACUUCGAUAUUCAAAGUGUUCAAGAAAGUUUAUGCAUCACAUGCUCCUAAGCACUUCUUAAGGUUUAAAUUAGGUUUUGGGGUAAGAACCAGGCAAAAUUGAUGUAAUUCAUUAAUUAAUGCCACUAAACCAUGUUUGACGCAAUCUACGGAGAUAUAAAUGUAAAAUCAGUUUUAUGGAACCUAAAACUAAGUAAAGACUCCUCUGGCGUAUAAUUUGGCUGUUGGACAGAUUCGUGUAGUAGAAACUUAUUCACUACUUAGCAGAAGUAACCGCUAGAAACAUAUACAAGUGCUAUUGAGUCAAUGUGAAUGACAAGGCUCCAGGCCUUUUUACUUAUAAAUAACACCGUAAUAAAUAUAUAUACUUUCCAUGAACGUUUUUCAGAAACUAAAUAGAUUUUGUAAUGUUUUGUACCGAAAUUUCGUCGUUUGGGUUUUAGUAGUAGAAAUUAAGUGAUAAGUUUAAGUGGACUGAACAUCGAGUAAACUAUUGCUACUUAUUGUUGUAUUUUCAUCUUACGUUAUUUCAUUCUGUUCGAUACACACGAGUUUUUGUAAGACUAGGCACUAAUAAUAUUAAUAUUUUUACAAAUUAAGUUAUAUUCAUUGUCCUUUAUACGAAGUUCUCCAAUUCUGUAUAGUUAACAUUCAGUUUAUUAAAGAGUGUGAAAUCCAUGUGCCUCAUUUAAGCAAAGCGUAAUGGAUGAAAUGUCCGCAGGCGAAGAAGAUUUGUAUUUCAGGUAGAAGAUUUUAAUGAAGUUUUGUUCUCCAAGCUGAAUCCAGUUCCAAAAAGUUGUAAGGAGCCUGUAGAAACCAAGUGCUUAUAAGCGGGACGUUUUGCAAAGACUAGCGACUUUAUUCUUCAUCCCUUUGGCGUCAUGUAGGUGCACCCAAUGCUCAUCUAUACUUUUCGACGGGUUGGUAGCUAGCCUUCGACCUAGCUCAAUUCCAUAUUUAUUCUCGACAGAAGCUAUAACCAAUUUGCUGAUAUCAUUCUGUGAGAACGAUAAAUGUUUUAGUCACUGAAAGACACGGUAAGAUUAGCGCAAACAAGGUCAUAGUCAGAGUCUAGAUAAGCACUCCGAUGGGAGCGGCAGUUUUGCACAUAACCAUACCAGCGGUAGCUGAUCGCGAUGUG